GGCCGGGCCGCGCGGGAAGUGAGCUCAGGCGCACCGGAAAUCCCGCCCGCGCCGCGGCCUGUGUUUGCGCUGCGGGCAGAGAAAGGAGCGGAGCGCCUGCAGCGGCCCAGCCGAGCCUGCCGCACGCAACGGGGCCGAGCCAUGUCUGACCAGGAAGCAAAGCCUUCAGCUGAGGACUUAGGAGAUAAGAAGGAAGGAGAAUACAUUAAACUCAAAGUCAUUGGGCAGGACAGCAGUGAAAUUCACUUCAAGGUGAAAAUGACAACACACCUCAAGAAACUCAAAGAAUCAUACUGUCAAAGACAGGGUGUUCCAAUGAAUUCACUCAGGUUCCUCUUCGAGGGUCAGAGAAUUACUGAUAAUCAUACCCCCAAGGAGCUGGGGAUGGAGGAGGAAGAUGUGAUUGAAGUUUAUCAGGAACAGACGGGGGGUCACUCAACAGUUUAGAUCCUUCUGUUUGUUUUCUUCCCCCUUAAUCCUUUUUUAUUUUUAAAUAAUAGUUCUUUUGUAAUGUGGUGUUCAACACUGAAUUGAAACUGGCACCCCAUCUCUGGGAAUUUAUUUUCAAGCGUCUGGUAUUUUGAAUUCUCGUGCUCAUUAUACACUAUUGUUUCUGUUUUCAUUGUGCUGAACUUUUGUGAUCCAGCUGCAGCCUUGCCUCCCCUCUUCCCUUCUGCCCUCCCCUUUAGAAAUACACGUACACACAUGCAUUUGUAUGUUCACUAGGUUCGUGCAUUUCAGGCACGAAGGCUGUAAGAUCUGCCAGGUGGGCGAGUGUUCUUAAUGACUUCCAUAUCUGCCCUGAAGUUUUGAUGUGUGACUGUUUCACUCCUGGACUAUAACUUUCAGUGCGAGAUGAAGUUUUUCAGAGAACUAAACUGUGGAGAAAUUGUGUAUCCAUAACUCAGAGCUAUUUUGCUUAAAUUGUGCUGAUGGCCCAACAAAGAAGAUUACCGAGUUGGAAAUGGAAAAGCUAGAACUGUUGUCAUCUGUACCUUGCUCCAGAGAUGGCUUUGCUGAAGACAUAAAAUUGAAAACCCUAAUGAUUCUUAAAUCUUGCCAGAAGAGCCCAGAAGCAUUUUAACUUCAUAUAGCAAUUAGUACAUGCAGGUAUUCAUGCAAGAAUGUUCACAGCAGACAACUGGUGUUACUUUGACACUCUUGUUUGUACCUUUUGGCCUGGGACGUGGGUUUUGAAUGGACAUUGUCUGUACCAGCUUCAUUUAAAAUAAACAAGAAAAACAAUUUUAUAAACAACUUGCAUUUUCUUUUCAAAUGUUUGCAAAACCAUAAAAAGUUAUAAUUAGGGCAUGCUUUUCCAGUAGCUAUAUGUUGAAGCCAGAAAAAAAAAAAAGUGCUCUGUAAAUAUACCUCAUAUAAACAAAAAAAUACUUUGUUUGCCCUAGCAAAAUACUUGAUCUGCUUGGUUUGCGGGUGACUAUUUGAGACUACUAGCUGUUUGUUUUCUUGUUAGAGAGUAUUCACAUACAGUUACGUACAGCUUCACGUGGAAAAGGUAAACUGAAAAUGCAACUUGGAAGGAAAUACAAAGAUGGUUUUUAAUGUCUACAUUUCAUAGGAUCGUGGCUACUAUUAAAUAAUCUCUCUAUGAUGGAUGACAUGGAACUGUCACCAGGCAUCAUUAUGAAGGUCCACUUCAUGUUCUAGCUAGGUGCAGGUUCUAAAUGGUCAGUUUGAGAACAUGUUGUUGGGUAUAAAAACCCAGAUGGGAGGUUACGGGCAGGGUAGUGUGGAGAGAAGGCUUCUGCAUUGUCCCUGCUUUAGCCUUUCUGCAGAUAAAUAGGACUUAUUUCUGGUUUGGUUUGGUAAAUCAAGUUCUCUAUGAAUGCCAGCUUCAUUUUAAGACACAUUUUAGUGCUGGCAUACUUGGAAGAAAUUGCAGAUUUUGAAUUAUUAGUUUUUAUGGCACUUGCUGUAAAGCUAGAAAUGCAUUUUCUUUCAUGUUUGUGGUUUGUGUCCUGUUUCUGAUCUAGUAAUACUUUUGUACACGUAGCUGCACUAAGCAAUUUUUUAAAGAUUAAAAUUUUUGUUUACAAAA